AUGGUAAAGAACAACAAUUCCAUAUAUGCAGAGGGACUAUUGGCUAAUUUAUCGGAGUUUCAUUGGAAUAAUAACUCCAGGAACAGCACCUCUACAGAUUCAACUGGAAUUGCUAUUUUUAUCUCAUUUGUGUACUCCUUAGUAUGUGUUGUAGGGUUGUGUGGUAACUCCAUGGUGAUAUAUGUAAUCCUACGAUACGCCAAAAUGAAGACUGCUACCAACAUUUACAUAUUGAACUUGGCCAUUGCUGAUGAACUCCUUAUGUUAAGUGUUCCUUUUUUAGUAACAUCUACUCUUCUUCGCCAUUGGCCAUUUGGUUCUUUACUUUGCAGACUAGUGCUCAGCCUAGACGCUAUGAAUAUGUUUACUAGUGUAUAUUGCCUGGCCGUGUUAAGCUUGGAUCGAUAUGUGGCUGUGGUUCAUCCCAUCAGUGCUGCUCGCUACCGACGACCAAGUGUAGCCAAAAUGGUAAAUCUUGGAGUUUGGCUUUUUUCUGCCAUUAUUAUCCUCCCUAUUGUUAUUUUCUCUAGCACUGCACCCAACAGUGAUGGAACAGUGGCUUGCAAUGUGCUUAUGCCAGAGCCAUCAAAAAGCUGGGUUAUGGUGUUUGUACUUUACACUUUUCUGAUGGGGUUUCUGCUUCCAAUGGCUGCUAUCUGCCUCUGCUACAUUCUUAUUAUCACAAAAAUGAGGGUUGUGGCACUCAAGGCUGGUUGGCAGCAACGGCGUCGUUCUGAGCGUAAUCUCACACUUAUGGUGACUGUAGUAGUGACAGUGUUUGUAGUCUGCUGGAUGCCUUUCUAUGUGGUUCAGCUAGUGGGUGUCUUUGCCAGGAAGGGGGACACCACAGUGAGUCAGCUUUCUGUUGCUCUUGGUUAUGCCAAUAGCUGUGCCAAUCCUUUCCUGUAUGGUUUUCUAUCUGAUAACUUUCGAAGGUCCUUCCAGAAAGUCCUGUGCCUUAGUUGGAUGGAGAACGCUAAUGAGGAACCUGUGGACUAUUAUGCUACUGCCCUAAAAAGCAGGGUCUAUAGUGCUGAAGAUCUACAAAAUGGAAUGCUAACAACAGGUGGAAUAUACCGCAAUGGUACUUGCACAUCUAGAACUCAUUAGUCCCAGCAGUACCAGUACAUGCUAAACCAUCUUCGGUCAAGAAAGCAACAGUAUACACAAGACUAUAGCUACUUACCUGCCUUUCUAAC